AUGGACGUGUUAGGCCACAUGGAGAUCGCCGACGGCUCGCUCUGCUCCUUCUCGGCCGCCGACGACUUCUACGACGACCCCUGCUUCAACACGUCGGACAUGCACUUCUUCGAGGACCUGGACCCGCGGCUGGUGCACGUGGGCGGCCUGCUCAAGGCGGACGAGCACGGCCGCCACCACCACAACCACGAGGACGAGCACAUUCGCGCGCCCAGCGGGCACCACCAGGCCGGCCGCUGCCUGCUGUGGGCCUGCAAGGCCUGCAAGCGGAAGACCACCAACGCCGACCGCCGCAAGGCGGCCACCAUGCGCGAGCGGCGGCGGCUCAGCAAGGUCAACGAGGCCUUCGAGACGCUCAAGCGCUGCACCUCCACCAACCCGAACCAGCGCCUGCCCAAAGUGGAAAUCCUGCGCAACGCCAUCCGCUACAUCGAGAGCCUCCAGGCGCUGCUGCGCGAGCAGGAGGACGCCUACUACCCGGUGCUGGAGCACUACAGCGGCGACUCCGACGCCUCCAGCCCCCGCUCCAACUGCUCCGACGGCAUGCUGGAUUACAGUGGACCCCCUUGCAGUUCUCGUAGAAGGAACAGUUAUGACAACAAUUACUAUACAGAAACACUCGCUGAUUCAAAGCAAGGAAAGAGUUCAGUGGUUUCCAGCUUAGAUUGCUUGUCAAGCAUCGUGGAGAGGAUUUCAACCGACAGCACGGCCUGCUCCACCCUGCCCACGGUGGACAGUGGAAACGAGGGGAGUCCCUGCUCACUCCACGAAGGGGCGAGCCUGAGUGACACUGGUGCCCAAAUCGCCUCCCCGGCCGGCUGCACUCAGCUCUCUCAGGACACUGCCAGCAACGGUGCCAGCAACCCCAUCUACCAAGUGCUAUAA